AUAAACGGCGGGAAAUUAUAACAUCUCUGUAUUUAUGCGGGAGCCAUGUUAAAGCGCGAAGUUCUGUGUUGUUCAUAGAGAAGUGACGUUGUUAGCCAAGUUUGCGUUGUUUAUGUUGUGAUUUGAACAUCAAAGGAGAAAAUGUUUGACCCACACGAUUCUAUGCAAGGUGGUUAUUACAACAACUCAACAAACUUUGAUAGCCCAUCAACCCAACAGCCAUCUAAAGGUCCUGCAAAUAAACGAGACCAAAAUGUUGUUCCUGUAACAAUAAAUCAGAUAUUGACAAGUGCAGAUUCGGGGCUAAAGAUUGGGACCCAGGAUAUCACACUGGUUACAAUUUGUGGUAUCAUAACAAGAAUGCAGGUGGCAUCAAUGAAAGUGACUUACGUGAUAUCUGAUGACACAGGAUCAAUUGAAGCACACUUAUGGGUUGAAGCUGAUGAUGACCAGAAUGCUGUGCCUGUCAUAGUUGAGAAUACGUACUGUCGAAUAUAUGGAUCUGUUCGAACUCAGCAAGGGAAGAAACACAUAAUGAUUUUUAAGAUCAUGCCUCUUGAAAGUCUAAAUGACCUCACAGUUCACAUGCUGGAAAUUGUUCACGCAAAUACAAUGGCAGCAGCUGUCAAGAAAGUGGAUACGACCAAUGGAAUGAAUACCGGAGACAGUCAUCUUAGCAAUUCCUUAAUGUCUACGUCAUACAGUGCCAGCAUUUCCAGUGGUUUUAAUCCUGCUCAGCAAAUGGUUUUUGAUGUUGUUAAGAAGUCAUCUGAUCCAACAGGAAUUCCAAGGACUGAAGUUAUCAAUGCCCUGAAAGGAAAACUAUUGCCAAAGAAUAUUAAUGACAUUCUCGCUUUUAUGUGUGGUGAAGGCCACAUAUAUACAACUAUUGAUGAAGAUCAUUUCCAAUGCACAGACUGAAUUGCUUAAAAUAUAUUUGCUGACCACUUGUAAAUAUUGUUUUUGGAGAUAUAUGUGGUAAUAUAUUUGGUAAUAAAACAUUGUAUCAAUAAUA